GAAAUGGCUGCAGCCUUUGGAAAAGGGACUGAGUCUCUGAUGUGGGCAUUUGAAGGCUCCACACCCUUGGCCAGGUCCCUUCUCCCAGCUUCUUUUUUUUUGCAGCACUUGUGUCACCUGGAGUCUGCGUCCCACGGGUCAGAAGUGUUCUGGGGUCCGAUGGAGAGAGUCGAGAUGCCACUCAAGGUGUUUCCAGGCUUGUCCCUUCUUCCCAGGAUGCCCAAGGCACAUCCAGCGCUGACCGUGCGAUUCAUUACCAGGAGAUUCAUUGGAGACUAUGACCCCACCCUAGAAAUGAUCUACAGGCACGUGGCUGUCAUCGAUGGGGAGAUGGUGCACUUCGAGAUCCUUGACACGGCCGGACAGGAGGAGGACUCCCUGCAGAUCGAGGAGAAGAUCAAGUGGGGCGACGGCUUCGCCGUGGUGUACUCGGUGACCGACCGCUGCAGCUUCGACGAGGUGAUGCGGCUCUGCUUCCUCAUCAACCACCUGCACGCCAGCCCCAAGCGCAGCGGCGCCGCCGAGCAGCCGCCCGUCGUCAUCGUGGGCAACAAGAAGGACCUGCAGUUCGACAGGAUGGUGUCCACCGAGGACGGCGAGAACCUCUCCAAAGCCCUCAAGAUUCCCUUCUACGAGAUCUCCACCCGGGACAGCUACGAGGAGCCGGUGGCGGUGUUCGGCAGCCUCUACCAGGAGCUGCUCAGGCAGGGGCACUUCUCCCCGGGCUCCUUCAAGAGGAGGACAGUGUCCAAGCUCAUGGAGAAGAUCCCCAAGAUGCAAGCCAGCUCCACCCUGAACUCCACAGGCCGCAGCCUCAGCUUUAACUCCUUCAGGGACUACAUUCCCGAGUGAGCGGCCGCGCUCCAGCCCGGGAUGGGGGUGGCUGCUGGGGCUGUGCCGGCUCUCUGGAGGGGAAGGUCAGGAGAGGAGAGGGUGGCACUGGGGUACAGGAGCCUGUGGGUUCUUCCUACAAGGGGCUUUGUGCCGGCAGGGAAGGUUUUCUUCAUCUGUCUGAUCCCUCUGUUGCCUCCUCCCUCUCCGGCAUGGCUGCGGUGGAGCCGAGGUGGCCCUGGUGACUCCAGCGGUGUUGGGACAGCCCUUGGAGGGAGGCUCAGCCGUGUUUUGGUGGGGCUCAGACCCAGGAUAGACAUGUCUGGGGGGGCUUUUCCCCUCCCCUGAGCUGGCUGGGUGCGUCUGUACCCCAAAUCCAGCACCCACCAUGCUGGCUGACCCCGAGGCUGGCACCAGCCAUUCCCUGGGAAUGGAGCCUGCUUCCUCAGCGUGGCUGGUGAGUAAAACCCCCUGGCUCCUCAAACCCUUCCGGCCCAUCCUGGCUGCGCUCAGUAGCACGGACGCAGCGGAGCCGAUUCCAGAAGCUGUUUGCAGGUACCCCUCUGUCUGCUCAUCCACUGCCCUGUUCCCAGAGGGAAAAUCACCGUGGGCUGAGGACUUGUGCUUAGCACAGGGAUGGGGCAGGAAAGGCGUGGGGAGGAGCCAGGCUCGUGGCUCACCUUCCUUCCCUCCCUCUGGGUGUUGGGGGCUGUGUGGCUGUGCUGGGACCCUGCGGUGUGACCCCCCUGUCCCCCCGUCUUGUGACCGACCCCAUUGUCUGCUGCCGUGUCCUGUGACAAUAAAAGCCGAGUUCCCAACCGCCUGUGGCACUCCCGGGAUAGGUUAUUUCAGGGAGCUUAAGGAAAGGAGUGCACGGUGUGGGAUCACACUUAAAUUAGGGCUGGCCAUCCCCCUUAUCCUCCUCCCGAGCCCUGGCACCAUGCGCCCUCCUGGCUCCCUCCGCCCCUGAAAGGUUUCCCCGGAGGAUCACAGCCCGGGAAGCCACUUAUCCCACCU